UGGACGUGAGCGUGUAGACAUGUGUUGGUAGACGUUCUUCUUUUCCCAACUUAUUUAUUUAUUUUUUUUUUACCUUUCUAGCAGGAGAUAUCAAGAAAUUGCCAUACCUUUUUUAUUCCCACUGUAACCGUGGAUUGCCUAAACAAAAAAAGAACGUUUGCAAUCGGCAAAGGGGGAUGUCAGUUCUUUGUGCAUAACUGUUUUAAUAUCGAAUGGAUCGAGCCCACUUAAAGCACGCCUUCCUUGGGACAAAACGACGACCAUUGCUUAUAACCACUGAUCCAAGCAGUAUGUGAACGCUGCCUAUUAUUUAAUGAGCCUAAAGGCCCAUUUCUUGGUCUGCUUUUCUCUUCAUGUCCGCGGCCAGCUGGACAUUUUCAUAUGCAGUACCCGAAGAGGAUCAUUCAGGCCUACUUUAGUCGCCUGCUGCUUCUCGUGCACGGCUUUGUUGCCGUCUGGCAUACAGUGUGGGUAACGGGAAACCCCCUGUAUUGGGGACUUUUGACCGGCGUUGGCAUUCUUCUCGGAGAGGGAGUUUUUACGCUGCGGUCCACUAAGUCCGGGGAGUGGAAAUGGUUCUCUUUGAUGGUGUUUCUGUACCUGUGCACUACCAUCCCCUGUAUUUGGGUGCUAGAGCUCCAUUCACUGGAUUCCACAAUUUUAACAAGUAUAAGCCCAGAGACUACUCCAGCUGCACUUCAGAAACCAGACUUGACAAGGAUCAGUAUCACGGCUGAAGAGGCAAUGUGGACAUCUGGAGUUGAGCAAACCAUGAUGUUGAUGUUAGUAGUGGGUCGCUGGCUAAUGCCAAGAGGUGAUCUUUCCCGUGCGCAGCUAUAUGAACUGCUUCUGGUGGAGAGUGCACUAGGAGCUGACAUUCUGGACAUUCUUGAUACCAGCAAACAGUCACAGGUUGAAACAAACAGAGCCAUCCGUGUCAUGGGGCUGGGGGUUUUCUCCUGGUCCAUGAUUCAGUUUCCUCUUGUUUUAACUAAGAUUGAGGACAGUGACUCCUAUAAGUAUUCUAAGGUGCCCUUAAGUGAUAAUGGGAAGCUACAAGUACUCCCUAAAGUCAGAACAUGGUUUAGAUCAUGCAUCUCUAGCCAGAUCUGUACUUUAUUGAUAUCAUUGUGCAUGCAGGAUGGGCCCUCUCUAGUAUAUCGCCUUUAUCUGCUUAUUGAAAAGAACAUGAAGAACCAGAUGAUGAUCUUCUUUAUAUGCCAGCAUAUCCUUCUGAUCAUCCUGCAGAUCAACAGGAUAAUUGUUUACCCUGAUUGUGAUGAUGAAGAAUUGAAGGAUUUGAAAGAGCUCGGAAAAGAAAGAAAGGUCAAACUAUGUACUCGGAACAACUGUCAGACCUUGAUGAGUCGUCUGGUCUUCAUCUUUCAUGGCUUGCUCACCGUUUGGUUUGUUGUCUCGAUGAAAGGCGAAUCCUUGUAUUGGGCGCUGAGCACAGGAGUGCUGCUUCUGUUUGUAGAAGCUCUAAUCACUCUCUGCUGCCCCUACCAUCUUGACUUGAAAUGGCAAGAGCUACAGUAUAUAUUGGCAUUUUUGAAUGGUUGAACUUAAGGCUAGCACUAUGGAGUUAUAUUGCUGAUUUUUUUUUUCCUUAUUUCAUGAAUAUAAGAGAGACUGAUGUGAAAGGACUGUUUAUAAAUCAAGCACAAUGUGUACCUGCCUAUUAGAAAUGUCAAGCUUUAUAUACAAGUUUAUGUAAUAAUGGCCAUUGAAGUGAUUUGCACAAAUCAUACUAAGUUAAGAAGUACGAUGCCUAUGUAAUGCCCAGAUUUUUUUCUUGACUUUUUUUACUUUUUAUGUAGUCUUUUAGCACAAAUGGGUUAAAACAGACUAUAUUUCAAAUUGAAUAUUUAAAACACAUUACAGAAGUUUUCAAUUAUUUCUUUAGUCACAAACAGUUAUUAAUGAGAGAACAAUGACACAGACAUGUUGCAUGUCAGUUUUUAAUAUGUAUAAGAACAAAAUAUGGUAAUCGAAAAGUAAAGAGGGAAAGUAGCAAGCACAUAUUUCAAAUAUCUCAAGGUAAUGUUUGAUAUUCUAUUGAGGAUUUUGCCAAGCUUAAGUGCAGAAUAAGGAGCAGCAAAUAGUUUCCCUGUGUAGAAGUCUCUCCCAAACAGAUGUCAUAGAUGUGCGGUUUUCCUUUUGGACAAUGUUUGACAGCUGCCUGUAUGCAGACAAGAAGCUUGUCAUCUUCAAGAAUGCUAGCCUUACCGUUCUUUCCCGACCACGGCAUGGACAUUGCUGAUAUUUGAAAUAAACUGCUUAGGACGUUUUGCAUAAUGCAUGGUUCAUGUGGAACAGCCUACAUUGGAGUAGAAACUACU